UUAAAGGGCAUCGAACUUGUGCUGAAAAAGAAAGAAACUAGGGGUCAGAGGGGGAAUCGCUUGCGGUUAGGGUGCAAUGAAUGAAUAAAUGCAGGAUUGCGGGUACAAGGAUUGAUUUUUAGCGGGGCGCAAGGGUUCUGCUAAAGUGUGGCAAGUUCAAAGGGUAUUCGGGUAUCAUCUGGGACUUGAGCGGUUGCACUGCUCUAGGGUUUGAGUGGCUAGGGAUAAUACUUGAAAAGUUGGGAGUGGGUUGCAGUUACUUAGCACCAUCAAAGUUUUGCAAGAAACCAGACCAGAAAUAAGUGAAAGGUUAAUGUAGUCAUGGAGUCUGAGGAGGGGCAGGCUGAAGCUCAGGAUGAUAGGAAGGGAGAGGAGGCUGUAGUGAAUGAAGAAACCACAGUGGAAGGACUUCCCAAUGAGGCAGAGAGAAAGAUAUCUGGAUUGCUUCCAGAGACAGGUGUGGGACAGGGGGAGGCUAAAGACUCAGAGGCAAGUGAGGGGGAGGCUAAAGACUCAGAGGCAAGUGAGGGGGAGGCUAAAGACUCAGAGGCGAGUGAGGGGAAGGUUGAGGACUUGCUGGAGGCAAGUCAGGGGGAGACAGAGGAGGAGGUUGAAAAAGAACAUGAGGCACCAGCUACUGGAGAAUUGAUGGAACCAGACCAGGAUACAUUUGAACCCUUAGCAGAACUGGAUAGGGGGGUGGCUGAGGAUGCACUGAAAGGAGAUGUGGCAUUAGAUAUGUCUGGGGAAGAGGCUGAGGAGAUUAUUGAACCAGAUCUGGGAAAAGCAGAAGAAUUGGAGACAGUGGUUCUUGAGGCAAUUCAACACCAGAGUAAUAGAGAGAAAGAAGAAGCUGAAGAGUCAAGUGAACCAAAUCAGGAGGAAAUCAGUGUUUCCGGGAGCCCAGACGAGGGGGAAGCUGAGGGGAAGACUGGAAAAGGAAUGGAUCAGCAGGAGACAGAGGAAUUUAUUCAUGAGGAAGAAGCACUGGUGGGAGAGGGUGAAAUGGUUCUAGAAAUGGGGGGACAUGGGACUGAAGAGUUGGCAGGGCCGGACCAUGGGAAAGAAGAGGAUUUGGUAGAAGAGGACCGUGUAGAUUCUGGAGAGAGGGUUGAAAAGGGAGAUGAACAGCAAAAGUUGAUGGGACUGCAAGAGGGGGAAGCUGAGGCAACUGUUAGAGACGAUGAGGCAGUGGAGGAGGCUGAAAAGAUGCCAGAGUCUGUGGAGCUGGGAGAGAGUGACAAAGAAGUUGGUGAAUCAACAGAGGAUAAGGGGAAGAUGGAUGAAUUGUCAGGGCUGGGUCAAGGGGAGAUCCUAGAGGUCACCGGAAAGGAAGAGGAUGUGGUACCUGCAAUGGACUAUAAAGAAACUGAGAAGGUGUCAGGUGUAAAUGAGAGAGAGCUAGAGGAAGUGACUGCAGAGGAAGAUGCAAUAUUAGCAAGGGGCCAGGAGGAGUUGGUAGGACUAGGUCAGGGGGAAAUUGAGGUGUUGAGUGGAGAGGAGGAACCAGUUUUGGAUAAGAGGGAGGCGGAGAUGACAGUUGGACCAGGUGAGGAGGGGCUUGGUGAGGAAAUUGAAAGGGAAGAUAGGGUAUCUGGGGUAGAUCAGAGAGAGGCUGAAAGCAUGAUUGUGGAAGGGGAUGUGGUAUCAGCAGAGGGUUGGGGGGAGGUUGAAGACUCGGUGAAGUCAAGCAGGGGAGAGGCAGAGGAGGUGGCACCAUCAAUGGAUCAAGUUAAAGCUGAAGCCCUACAGGAAGAUCUGAGGGAGUCAGAGUUGGUGAUUGCUGAGGGAGAGGCAGGCGCAUCUGAGGAGAAGGCUGAGCAUUUGGUGGUGGCAAGUCAGGAAGAAGUUGAGGGUGAGACUGAAAAAGAGAGUAUGCCAUCAACACUAGAUCAGGGGUCACCAGGAAUAGAUGAAAGGCAGGUAGAGGAGGUGACUACAGAGAAAGAUGUGGAAUCAGUAGAAGAUCAAAAGCAAGUUGAGGAUUUGGCUGGGAUAAGUCAGGGUGAGAUUGGCGAUAUGGUAGCCACAGUGGAGGAAGGGGAAGCUGAAAAAGUGCUAGGGGAAGAUAAGAGGGAGGCAGAGGUGUCAAUUUCAAAGGGAGAUGCGGCAUUUAUUGAGGGGGAGGGUUUGGUAGUGACAAGUCAGGAAGAGACUGAGGAGGUGACUGUCAAGGAGGAUAUGAUAAAAGUGGCUAUUGAUGUGGCUGAGCAAGUGAUAGGAGCAGCUCAGAGGGAAACAGAAGAGAUGACUGCAAUGGGUCAGGAAGAAGGAAGGGAGGAGGCGGUGGGAGCACCAGAGAGAAUAGCUGGAACACAAGAAGAAACUGGAGGUCUGGAGGAAGUACUUGUGCAAAGUCAGGAGAUGGGGGCUGAGGAAGAGGUGAAACUAGGAACUAGUCAGGAGAAAGUUGGAGAUCUAGCAGAACCAGAACAAAGGGAGACAAAAGAGCAUGUAGGACUUGAUCAGGAAGAAGCCAGGCAGUUGGGUUCAACUGAGAUGGUUACUAGGGAGGAAUCUCGAGAAAAAAAAGAGGCAUUAGUUGGGGAUCAGAGUGAUACUAAGGUGCUGGUGGAACCAUUUCAAGGACCAGUAGUGGAGGUUACAAGUGUAGGAGAGAUUGUAUUGGCUGAGCAGCAUCAAGGUACUCUGGGAAGAAAGGUAUCCUCUCAGGAGAAGACAUUAAUUUGGAGCCCAGAAUUAGAAGAACAGUUGGGAGGACCAACUCAGGAGAUGGCAGGCGUGCCUUCCAGGGAGGUGAUAUUGAGUCAAAGGGCAAGACCAAUUGAAGAAGAUACCAGAGUAACCUGGUUGGCAUCUGAUACGAACCUGGCCCGAGGUCGAGUGGAAUCAAGCCUGAAGGUGGCUGAAUUGAAAAAAUCAGGUUCCUCAGUGCUAUCAUCACAUUUUUCACAGCGUACUGCCAUAGGAAGUCAAGAGGAACGUCGCAAGUUGAAGGGGAAAAUAAUUUCAGGGUUGGCAGGAUUACGGCAAGGGCCAAUACUGGUACCACAUCAAGGGGCAACACGCUCAUGUGGAUUCCGUCGUGGAGUGCUGGAGCACAGGGCUCCAGGGUUGAUUGUGACCAGUUUAACAGCGAUGGCUCAGCAAAAGGGAAUGGUUAAGGAGGCUUCUACGCAACUGGGAAAGGGUGAAUUAGAUCAGAGGGAGACACGAUCAGCUGAAUUGAGGUCUCGUGCAAUUAGGGUUAAAGUGGGUGAGCCAGUGGUUAUGAUGGGGUACAGAAUUGGACGGGAAGGGAUGUCAUGUUUCUCUGAGGCAGAUAACAGGAUAGAGGGCUUUCAGCAUGUUCCUAUGAUGGAGGAGGCAGGGAAGGAACCUGAUCAGACCCCAGCAGAACUACCGAGGCAGGAAGAGAAAGUUAAGGAGUUGGAGACACUGGCCAAGGAUGUUGAUGACAGAGCAAGGCAACAUCCAGAAGGAAUGUACUUGCCAUGGCUUGGUAGGCCACUAACACAAGAUUAUGCGACAAUACGACCAGGUUCUGGUUGGACUGCAGGCCUUGGGUCUGGGCAUGGACUUGCUUUAGGGCCAUUGCGGGCUGGAAUAAAAGAACGAAUAAACAUGAUGGUGACAGGUCAGGGAGCAGUAAAGUCAGGAGGACCAAGUCCUGAGCCACCAGUGUCUGGGAUGGGAAGAAGGGUGUUUGGGCUUACAAGCCAAUCAGGCAAUGUACACUGGGUGAAGGACGUAUUGGGAUCUAAGCAGACAGUCUCUCGACUCUCUGUAACAGUUUGUGGCUCAAAAGCAAGCAGUCCUGACUCUAUGGCAGGGAGACGAAGUCCAGGCGUAUUAACAGGAAAGCAAGAGUUGAAAGAUUGGCGGGAUGGGGUAAUGGGAAUUGCAAUUAAAAGGUAUAAUGCCAUGAGGCGGGCAAUGUGGGGUGAAGGCCCAGCUGGUUUGCAUGUGAAGGGGGUGAAGGUGGCUGAAAUUUCCAAUGGUAUUCCAUUGAGUUCUGUUAAGACUAGUUCCAUUCUGGGGCAGGUUGAACAGAGGGCGCUGAGGCUGGCACAACAUGUGGAGGGUGAGGCUGUGUCAGGAUUGGAAGUAGAAGGGCAGGGGCUGGCUGAUAGGCUGAAGCAGGAUAUGGAGUCAGCAGGGUCAGGCCAGGGAGGUAGAAUUACAAGGUAACUGGGUUAAGUGUGGAGUGAGAGGGAAGGAACAAAAGAUUUGGGAGAUAGUGGGUUAUUUAUGAGCUAGGGACAAAAUUGAGCUAUAGAAGCAGAGAGUUAAUAGGACACUAUUAGCAAUAGAGUUGAGUUGCAAAAUCUCAGCUAGCAGGAUGCAUGGGUUGUAGAUAUCUCUCAAAAGAAUGAAGCCAAGAAGGGAAGUAAAGUCUGGGAUAAUGAUAUCAGGGUGACAUGCAGAAUAUUCACGCUUCUGAAGCAAAGGUGGGUACAUAGGAAGCAAAAUAAAAGGCAAAAUAAUAAUUUAUUAGUUAUACUCCACUCAUCCAGCCAGGUCACCCCAGAUACUGAGAAUAUUUUGGGCUCUGGAUACCUAGGCAUGGGAGUGAGUGAAAAGGACACUGCUAGACAACUCAGAAUCCAUCAAGUGGGUGGGAAAGUGAGAUAAUUCUCCUAGUGGCUCACCAAACCGCACCCCAAACAGGUUCCUGCCUCUUUUCAUAGGCUUGAAUUUGGUAGCUGGUGCAUACAGUAAAACUCUCCACCACAACCCGUGGACAGGCUGUUCCCAUGCUGUCUGCGUAACAAUAAAAGAGAGACAGGGUUUGAUUUACCCUAUGGCAGAGUCGUUCAGGGUCCCGAGAGGAAGUUUGAAUGAUCCUUACCUAAAGGAAUAGGCUUCUGUGCAUCUACCACACACACACACACACACACACACACACAAGUGUUCUCUGGACUAAUAGUUCCAUCUU